AUGUUGAUGACAAGCAUAUUAUUCGGUACUUUCAUCAUCCUAUUUAUAAGUUACGUGCGGACAUUGAAAUCUCGCUAUAACUAUUUCGUUCAGUGGAAUAUCCCAGGACCGCCACCACAAUUCUUUUUCGGCCAUUUACGCAAACUAUGGAGUGCACCUCUUUCUUUCGAGCAGAUCCGUGAUUGGACGCAUCUUUAUGGUUCGAUUUACGGUAUUUUCGAAGGAACACAUCCAGUCUAUAUUGUAUCUGAUGUUGAUUUUCUACAAGAAGUUUAUAUAAAGCAAUUCUCAUCCUUUCAUUCUCGUCCCUUAAAUUUUCUUGCAAGAAUACUCCAAGGCAAAGGAUCACAUCUAUUUUUUGCACAAGGCAAUCAAUGGCGACGUCAACGGCAUGUCAUAAAUCCAACUUUUACCACAGCAAAAUUGAAAAUUAUGGCACCUCUGAUGAAUAAAUGCAUCCAAUUGUUGAUGGUGAAACUUGAUGAAAUGAACGGUCAAGAAUUCAAUAUUUUUAUUCUGUAUAAACGGUUGACCAUGGAUGUUCUUUGGAAUUGUGUGUUUGGUAUUGAUGCAGAUAUGCAAAAUGAUAUUGAUAAUAUUUAUAUGAAAAAAUCAGCUCUUAGUGUUUCUGUUCAGUUAGAUAAAUUUUUGGUAGUCAAAUUAUCAAAUGUCAUGCCAUUUCUUAUUCCACUAUUAACUCUACUGAUCAAAGCUCGUAUGUUUCUUGUUGAUAAACUGCGUGCAAUGAUACCUUGGCUUAUGCGUAAUGUUGAAGACCUGCCAAGUGUAUGGAUCAUCAAAAGAGUUGGAAAUGUAGUAAGAAACAGAUUAAAAUCUGGAAAGAAACAAAUGGAUUUACUUCAAUUGAUGUUAGAUGUAGCAAAAAAUGAUGAAGUUACGGAUAAUGAAAACGAAGAAUUAACGACAAAGCACUUGCAUUACAGUGAAGUAUUAUCGAACGUUGUUCUUUUUAUGGUCGCUGGUUAUGAAUCAACUGCAACUGCCUUAGCCUUUUCCACGUAUGUUUUGGCUACUGAACCUGAAGUUCAGAAAAAAUUACAACAAGAAAUCGAUGAAAAUUGGCAAGAAAAUGCAAAAGAACCUGAUUAUGAUGUGCUUACUAAUAUGGCCUAUAUGGAUUUAUUUAUACGAGAAGUCCUACGGUUGUAUGCAUUGUCGGGCAGAGCAAGAACUCGAAGAUGUAAUGAAACAACUAACGUUUGUGGUCAUCAAGUAGAAAAAGGCGUUACAAUCAUGCCGGACAUCUACUCGAUUCACCGUAAUAUUGAUCUAUGGGGGCCUGAAGAUGUUAAUUUAUUUGUUCCCGAACGCCACAUCACAAAACGCCAUCCUGCAGCCUAUCUAGCGUUUGGUGUUGGAUCUCGAAAUUGUGUCGCACCAAAAUAUGUACAUAAAAAACUUCAAGAAUAUCAAUUAAACGAUGAAGACAAUCCUGAUCGAUGGUUCCGUUUAGAUGCUCAAGUUGCAAUGGAAAAAUUACGACAAAAAGUUUUAAGUAAAUAUGUUAAUUGUGAUCCAGAUUAUCUUGUUAUACUUGAUAAUGUAUCAGCUGCCAUUAAUUCAAUUCUUAAAUCAUUAAACCUAUGUUAUAUUAUAAUGUUGCAUAUGGAAUAG